CGGCCGGGCUCCGGGAGCCGUUGAGGGGAGGGGCGUCCGGGCCGAGGCCCGCUCGAGUGGAGGUCUUCGCCGCCGCCCCGCCCGUCCUCCCGUCGGCCCUCCCGUCCGCCCGUCCGUCCGUCCCGGCCGUCAACAUGCUGGCGCUCAUCUCCCGCCUGCUGGACUGGUUUCGCUCGCUCUUCUGGAAGGAGGAGAUGGAGCUGACGCUGGUGGGGCUGCAGUACUCGGGCAAGACCACCUUCGUCAACGUGAUCGCGUCUGGCCAGUUCAGUGAAGAUAUGAUACCCACAGUGGGUUUCAACAUGAGGAAAGUCACCAAAGGAAAUGUCACAAUAAAGAUCUGGGACAUAGGAGGGCAGCCUCGGUUCCGGAGCAUGUGGGAGCGAUACUGCAGAGGAGUCAACGCGAUUGUUUACAUGAUCGAUGCGGCAGAUCGUGACAAGAUAGAGGCCUCUCGAAAUGAACUACACAAUCUCCUAGAUAAACCCCAGUUACAAGGAAUCCCAGUACUGGUACUUGGAAACAAGAGAGAUCUUCCUAAUGCCUUGGAUGAGAAACAGCUAAUUGAAAAAAUGAAUCUGUCUGCUAUUCAGGAUAGAGAAAUUUGCUGCUAUUCAAUUUCUUGCAAAGAAAAGGAUAAUAUAGAUAUCACACUUCAGUGGCUUAUUCAACAUUCAAAAUCUAGAAGAAGCUGAAACAUCUCAUGAAGUCUUCCAGUCCUUCUUGGCUCUAAUCCUACAAUUACUGUCCGUUCCUCUGAAGUACUUCCCAGAAUCCGGUCCUUCCUAAACCCAAGAAAUUGCAAAGUUUAUUUCUCAUGUGCACUGCUGAAGAUGUGUAUCCCUAACCCUUCAUAACGAAUCGGCUAGAGUUGUCAUGAUAAAGUCAGCAGACACAGCUUCUCAUACACACUUGGCCUAGUGUGUAGAAACCCUCCACCCCCCAACCUUUCCUUUAAAAAAAAAAACAAAACACUUUGACCAUCUUAAAUCAAGAAAAUGGCAUAUUUCCAUUAUGGUCUUUCUGGGCCAGAUUUUUAUAUUGGUUUUCAGUAAAUGUCUAUAAUAUUUCAUUAUAGAGUCCAAUAGCUUAAUACUGAUACUGACUUGAUACAGCAUGAAAUUUCUAGUGCCACACACAGUAUUUAGAAAACCUUAAGCCUGACUCAUUUGAGAUAAUAUAAACAUAAUGUUUACUUAUCUCACAAAUGCAUGUGACAUGUAUAAUUACCCUGUAGGAAUUUUAAGAACUGGUCUGCAAAGAAUGAGCAGAGGCGCCAGAUCAAUGUUGUCUCUUUACACUGGAGAGUUCCUACCUGAUGGUUUUAUAAACAUACUCUGUUUUCUGAGAAUAUGUCAUCACCAGAUAGCAGCGGGGGUGUGGGAGGAGGAAGGCGUGCAUGCUGGUUUAUAUAUGUCCAGAUCAUUACUCUUUUAUUUUUUUUCCUUUUCCAUACACUUUUUUAAGGGCUUGGGAUUGAUGAUUUUCUCACAUGCUUUCAUGAAUUUAGAGCAUUCCAGCCAGUGUAAUAAAACCUGUUAACAAUGUCAGACUUUGUUCAGACACACGUUUGUUUUUUCUAUCUCCAGACAUUAAAUCAGUGCUGCAUGACACGCUGUUAACUUUUUAUAUUGAGUCAUAAAGUUGACUUUCAGCACAAAAGAUACAAAGAAAACAAAUUUUUAAUUUUUCUCUUACCAAGUAAGGCUGGGUACUCUUGUCUGGUGCCAUUAGAUGUCUUGAUUAUUAUGACAACUCUAGACCUGCCUGCUUUAUCUGAUGAAUCAUGCACAAUGUCUACAGGUUGUUUAAUAAUCACACAGAGAACCGGGAAACUGAAGCUGUUGAUUGUUGGCUUCAUACAGAAAUGUAUAGAAAGUAUGGAACACAUUUUAUAGUUGAGUGAUCUCUGUACACAUAAAGGGACUCAUAACGCAGGUUUGCAUAGGCCGCUGUAGCAGAAGAGCCCUGUCGGGCACUAUUUCGUGUGCCUCAUGCUGUGUGGGAUUUGUUUCCUGCACACUGCGUUUCCAGAUACAUUGAGCACUCAAGAGGAUGUCACCAUUGAGGGUUUUUUGUUUUUUUGCAAAUAGCAGUUUUAAUUUAUAGACUGCCAUGGCCUUAAGACUUCUGUACAGAGUACUUCACUGUGUUGCACGUGUUACUUGUUUCCCAUCCACCUUUUGAGUGAGCGGAAUCUGAGCUUUUAAAGUUCUCUUUUUCUUUGAGGCAUGUUGAAUACUUCCCAGGUGGGAUGGGUGGUUCUGGAAACGAAGGGAUAGUUAAACUUAACUGCUGUGGUGUAUACCACUGAUGGUCACUGUGAGCUGGGACAGAGAACAUGGCCACAUGUGUCCCAGAAGAGGGGCUGGGAUGAGGGCUGGGCUGCAGGGACUGCAUACGUUGCAGUUGACCUAGUGUGUGUGUGUGUGUGUGUGUGUGUGUGUGUGUGUGUGUGUGUGUGUGUGUGUCCAUUGCUUUCACCAUCUGUAGACAUCCAAAUGCCACUACCAUUUUUCUGUGUAACCUCUGCAUGUGGAAACUUACUAGUCACUCAACUUUGUAAAUACUUACAGUUCUUUUUUUUUGUUUUUUAAAAAAAAUUUUGGUAGAUGCAUUUUCAUCUGUUUACUGCUUUUUCUUAGCUUUGUUCAAUAAACUUGCAUUUUGAGGGUUGUAACGGCAAUUUUAACUUAAAAUGUACAUCAUGCUGAAAGGUUGCAGACUUUUUGGAAAGGAGCGGAAGGGAAAUUACCAUGGAGGGGUCCAUAGACCGUGGGCUAGAAAGAAAUCAACUCAGCGUUCAGAGAUGGGCCUGUGGGCUAGUUAAUGUAGAAAUAAACUUUUGAAAUAUCCCUAGA